AUGUUUCUUAAAUUUCCGAUCUUGCUCGCUACGGCGGCGGCUCUGACGCUCGACGAGACAGCGACGUACCAGCUGGUGGCCGAGAAUGAGCACAUGUCCCCCACCGAGAUUGCAGAGCUGUUUUAUGCCGGCAGAUGGAAAUUGGCCCCAAAACAGGCCCUAGUCGACGAUGAGUACUGCGUGUCGUUGGCUAGCGACGGCCAGCCAUUGGUGCCGUGUUUCAACACGAAAAAACUCAGUUUCCCGCUUGGCGACACGCUCGCCAUCGAGCUCGCCAACGGCUCUGUCGCCGCGCUCUCGCUGCUCGAGACGGCCUCCGAGACCCCUGCCGUCAGGCUCGUGGCCGCGCACACAAUUCUGCCCCCACGUGAAGACAUUCCGCACCCCCACGUAGCCGCACCGGUGGCAGAAAAAUCGUUCAUCCAGAAAUAUUGGAUGUAUAUUGUGCCGCCGCUAAUAAUUCUGAUGGUCAUGUCUCCCCAAUAG